AUGGCCUCUCACUUGGAAACAAACCUUGGAUUAUUACAAGAAUUGAUAAACAAAGAUCCAGAAUCAUACAAGGAAGAAUUCUUGGGAGAAUACAAUUUCUAUAUCAAAACAAUACAAUUAUUGAAAUUGCAACCGAAUUUAAAUCAUGCGGAUCUGCAAUCACUGCAGGAACUGAUUAAUUUCUUAGCGUGUACCAGUAGCCACUAUCCAAAAGAGGGCAAAGAAUAUGCGGCUAGUAUUAUGCAGAUUCUGGGUAGUCGAAUGACUGGACUUGACCCGGAGAUUCGUAUAGCAUUUUGUAAAGCUCUUAUUACACUACGAAAUCGUAGAAUCAUCGAUCCGUUGGUUGUUAUCGAUUUGUUUUUUACGCUUGUUCCUUGUGAGGACAAAAAUUUGAGAAAGUUCAUCUGCGGAUCCAUAAAAGCCUUAAUAAAAAAACUUACGCUACAAUAUCGGGAUCAGAAGACGCUAUGCAAAGUUCGAACUUUUUUGUUCACGAAAUUGAAGGACUCUCGAUCUGUUGUGGUGCGCACAGCUGCAUUGAUACUUAUCGACGGAUUUCGGAAAGGUUUUUUGAAAGAUGCUAAAACAGCAAAUGCUUUAGCAGAAUGUUGUCUCCACAAAGUUGCACGCAUUCAGAUUGCAGCAAUGAGGUUUUUCCUUGGUUCGUUGGAAGAUGACGAUUCCGACGGCGAUGAAAGUGGAAAUGAAGAGGAAGAUCAGAAAACUUUAAAAGAGAUUACCGUUGCAUACAAAGCUGCAAAAAAGACUCACAAAAAGAAGGAAAAAUUCAUGAAAGCAAAAAAACUAUUGAGCAAUAAUAGAAAAUCCAAAAAAGAGAAUGCCGGAAAACUCUGCAAUCUAGUAGCAGUUCGCUAUCUUUACGAUCCUCAAACAUUUGCUGAGCGAUUGUUUGGCUUAUUGGAGAAUAGGAAGAACGAGAAAUUCGAAACACGUCUUCUGUGCAUGGCGCUAUGUGCCCGAAUGAUUGGUAUUCACAAAUUGCAGGCAUUAUCAUUUUAUUCUUACAUGCAUCGCUUUCUCCAACCAAAACAAAGAGAAGUUACCAGAAUAUUGCUUUAUGUAGCACAGGCUUGUCAUGAGCUAGUGCCGCCAGACAUUGUUGAACAGUUGGUGUAUGUUAUUGCCCAAAACUUUGUUUCUGACCGAAAUACACCGGAAGCAGUGACAGUUGGAUUAAAUACUAUACGUGAAAUAUUCGCAAACUGUCCAUUUGCUGCAACGGAGGAUCUGCUUAGAGAUUUGACUGAUUAUAAGCGUUUUAAAAACAAGAAUGUAUCCAUGGCGGCACGAGCUAUCAUCACUUUAUUUCGCGCUAUCAAUCCAAAGCUCUUACAUAGGAAGGAUCGGGGAAAACCGACACAAAAAUUGAAAGGUUUGAAAGUAGCUGAAUUCGGUGUUGAACGUCCAAAAGAGUUUGUAGAAGGAGCAGAGUGCUUAUCAAUGGAAGUUAAUGCAUCUGAUGCUGACCUCAUGCAAAAUAAUGAAAGCGGUGAAACUGAUUCUGACAUUGAAUUUGUUGAAAAAGACUCAAACUCAGAUGGAGAUAUGAAUUCAUGCAGUAGUGACGUAGCUGCAACUAAUAUUUGCGCAAACAAUGAAAAUUCUUCGAAUAAAGACACUUGUGGAACGAAUGAUCAGAAAGCCACAUCUUCUGAAACAAAAGAAAAAGCAAGGCAAGUGUGUGAAGCUCGAAUUUUAACUCAAGACGAUUUCCGCAAGAUUCAUGCUUUUCGUUUGAAACAACAAAUGGGAUGUAGUGAGAAGCGUAGGAACGAUGAUGUGAAAUUAGAAGAAGAAGUGGAAGAAAUCAUUGCUAGGCAAAAUGAAGAAAAUGGUUUGACACGGCUUAAAGACAUUGAAAAAUUCCACAAAAAAUUGAGAAAGGAAACAAAAGAAGAACGAAUGGAGACGGUAAGGAAAGGUCGAGAGGGACGUCAACAAUUUGGAAAGCCCAAAAAGACGGGAGCACAUGUUGGACGAACAAACAGAGAAUUGAUGAAGCGGAAGAAUUUCCAAAUGGUGCGGCAUAAACUGAGGGGGAAGAAUCGUCAGAGGAGUUUUAAAGAACGUCAAGAAAGCUUGCGGAAAUAUCUUUUGCGUCAGGCAGGUCGGAAGGUCUGA